AUGGACAUAAUUUGUUACCUGCUAGUUAUAGUCGUGUUUAACGUUCAAGCCUAUGGAACUUAUUCUCAAUGUUUACGCGGGUGCAGCUGUGUAGAAGACCGUCAUGGAAGGUCACUCAUAUGUAUGGAGGAGAGCGCGUUUGGGGCCAUACCAGAGAACCUUCCAGAUGAUAUGACCAAAAUCAGAAUUGAAAAAUCUCACUUUACUGAAAUACCCAGAGGGGCAUUCUCAAAGACCCCCGCCUUGGAGAACUUGUGGUUGAAUUUCAAUGAUAUCACAGUGAUAAACUCAAAAGGUCUGGAGGGUUUGGGGAACUUAACUGAGCUCCGUCUGCAAGGGAACAAGCUGCGAUCAGUACCAUGGACAGCGUUCGAGGACACGCCGGCCCUCAAGAUCCUGGACCUGAAGCACAACCAGCUGGACGUCCUGCCGGAGCAUGCGUUAAAAUUUUUGCCAGGUCUGACUUACUUAGACUUAUCCUUCAAUCGGCUUACGGUCAUAUCGAAGGAGGUCUUCCAAAACUGGCCUCUUUACCAAAAGCUACAGAGCACGGAAGAGCGGGAGGCGACAGCUUUCGGGCCGAACGUCGUUCUGGCGCUCCACGACAACGCCUGGCUCUGCGACUGCCGCCUGAAGGGCUUCGUGGAGUUCAUCAGGUCCCUAAGGCCCCCGAUUAUUCUGAUGAACUCCUACUUGACCUGCUCAGGGCCGGACUUUAGGGCGGGCAGGUUCUUCCAUGAAGUAGAGCUGCAGGCGUGCAUGAAGCCCGUGGUCAGCAGCCCGUCCUCCAACAUCAGCCUGCCCCAGGGCACGAACCUCACACUGCGCUGCCUCGCCAAGGCCAGGCCAGACCCAGCGGUGUGGUGGACAUAUGGUCUAAAGAUAAUCAGAGGAUUUCAUGAGUCUCAGGAGAGAGUGGAUGAAGACACCAUUAGAUCCCUCCUGGUGAUCCCCUCCCUCCAUGCCGCCGACCGUGGUGUCUACACCUGCACUGCUGUCAACUUCAUUGGGAACUCCUCUGUCAGCAUCCUGCUGGAUGUUCACUCUCCAGACGGCUCCCACUCAUCAAGCCUCCCUGGCUUCCCGGCUGCACCAAGUGCUGGAGAUGAAAACGUCUACAUCGACAUCCGCAUCGCCAAACAGAUGGUACGUGGUAUCUCCAUCGAAUGGUACGCUGCCUUGGAGCACCCCGCCGAGACCUGGUUCACCAUCCACUUUGGCCGCGCAGAUGCUGAUAAAAAAGAAAUGAUCUACAUCGGCCCCGGGAUUCACUCUUACUCCGUCUCCGACCUGAUGCCUGCUACCAAAUAUGAAAUCUGUGUAACCAUUAAGAAUCAGACACCACGUCCAGGCCAGUGCAUCAUGUUUGUAACAGGAAGUGACAUUACUGAGAUGGAGCAGAGGGAGAAACUGAUUCAUAUAGUGGUGAUAGUUUUAGCCAUGGUGCUGGCGGUGCCUAUAGGUAUGUAUGCCUGCACCACUGACAUUAAGUUUGCCUGUCUGGAGGGUAUCAUGGAGUCCUGGAAGAAUCGGCGGAGAGAAAGCAGCUCUUCAGGGGUGGAGCGAGACAGGCAGGGCACCUUCGACAGCCUGCAGGCCGCCAGCGACGAGGGCCUGGUUAAUAAAGAUUCCAGUGAAGACAGGAAGGUGAGGAGGAGGUCAGAUGACAGACUGAAUAAGAGCAAAGCUGACCACAGCAGACUCACAGCUGAACUAUAUUAA